AUGGUCAUAAGUCAAGAACUGCCUGUAAUAUUAAUCUUUUUUUUUUUCCUCCAAAAUUCACAAUUGAAUUGGUUAGGCGUUACAUUGCCAAUAUUUAGAAAGUUUAACCGGGAGUUCUCUUUUUCAUUUUUUCUUCAAGAAUAUGUAGAAAAACCACUAAAACUUGUCUUAAAAGUGGGAGGAAACGAGGUCGCAGAACUUUCUACUCAGAGCUCGGUGCACGAUUCCUCUCUGUAUGAAGAUAAAAGUGAAUAUGAGAAACACAAAGACAAGAAAAGAAAGAAACGGAAAAAAAUGGAAAAACAAGUCCCCGGUGAGGAAAAGGAAAAAAGGAAGAGAAAAGUAAAGGAGGAUAAAAAGAAGCGAGAUCGAGAUGCCGGUGAAAGCGAAGGAGAAAGGGAACUCAAAUGCCAGUCUCCUUUAAGAUUGGAAGUGCCGCUUGUAAAGUCGCUAGCAAGCAGUUUAGCAAAACAAGAAGAAGUGGAGCAGACACCUCUUCAAGAAGCAUUGAACCAGCUUGUAAGACAACUGCAGAGGAACGAAUUCAGAGUUUGAAGCAAAGCAUUGACUUCAUGGCAGAUCUUCAGAAAAGCAGGAAGCAGGCGGACAAAAGCGGCUUGCAAUCUGGGGGAGAAGAGGAUGAUGGUGUUGGAAAAGAUGGAGACACCACAGACAUAGACCUCAGAGCCUUUAAAAGUCCCAUCAAAGAUUUCAAAAAAAAAGAGAAAGAACUACUGGAAGAAAAAAUUAGGAACAGUAAUUUAGAGAAGGAACAAGAACUGAUUGAAUGUAUAAUUAAAGAUUCCGGAGGAAAGUUGACCAAACGUUCUGCUAACACUCAGUGUGAGUUUGAGAGAAGGAAACCUGAUGGCACAACCACCUUGGGACUUCUUACUCCAGCCGAAAAUAUGGCAGGAGGUAAGAGCAAUUUUAAUAUUCCUCCUUGGGGGGGUGUUUGCAAAUUCCCAUCAGUGAUGUACUUGAACUAUGGGCCUUUUAGCUCGUAUGCUCCGGCGUAUGACUCUACAUUUGCCAACAUCAGCAAGGAUGAUUCUGAUUUGAUCUACUCUACUUACGGAGAAGAUUCCAAUCCAGGAAUUUUCAAUUGCAGACCACAGAGGAAACAGAACGCUUACGUGAAAAGACGGAUACAACGAAAGACGUAGAGAUAAUAGAAACAGAUCCAGCCAAGGUUGACUCUGGCCUUAAUAAAGAGAGGCUCACAGCACUCAGAGCGGUGACGAAUUUUGGGGUCCCUGCUGAGGAAUUUAAUUCUGAAGAAGCGGAAGUAUUUCAGAGAAAGCUGGACGAAACCACAAAAUUAAUCUGUGACCUUCAGGAUGCUCAGAACGAACGGCUGAGUACAAAACCGCCACCGAAUAUGAUUUGUCUCUUGGGCCCAUCUUACAAGGAAAUGCAUUUGGGUAAGAAUUUAAGGAAUAUUUAUUCAUUGGUAUCUUGCCUUUAUGAUUUUAUAAAUACUUCGAAGAGAAAAGCAGAAGUGCCAUUUCGGGACAUCCGCAGCAGAUCUGAGGGUGUCGCUAAUGGACAACGAGAGGAGGAAUCACAAAUUAAUGGCAGAGCAGAUGAACAGUUCCAAUCUGGUCUCUUUGUCAUCUGA